UUGCUUUCCUUUGUGUGCUUAGAACGUGUGGAUUAGGCUAGUAACGGUAUUGUUUGCAGACACAAAUGGACGCCCAGACAGAAACGGAAAUGCCCACGGGUAACGUGAGCGACGAGCCCUUCCUCGGCCCGUUGGACAUCAUCCUGCUCGUCAGCCUGCUGGCCGGCACAGCCUGGUAUCUGCUUAAGGGCAAGAAAAAAGAAAACCCAGCUAGUCAGUUCAAAUCCUACUCGAUCCAACCGACGACCGUAAACACGAUGACAAUGGUGGAGAACUCCUUCAUCAAGAAGCUACAAUCCUCCGGUCGCCGUCUGGUGGUAUUUUACGGUUCCCAAACAGGCACGGCAGAGGAAUUUGCCGGUCGUCUGGCGAAGGAAGGAAUACGCUAUCAGAUGAAGGGUAUGGUGGCCGACCCAGAGGAAUGUAACAUGGAAGAACUGCUGAUGCUGAAAGACAUCGACAAAUCGUUGGCUGUGUUUUGCUUAGCCACGUACGGCGAGGGUGACCCGACGGACAAUUGUAUGGAGUUUUAUGACUGGAUACAGAACAACGAUCUGGAUAUGACCGGUUUGAAUUACGCGGUGUUUGGCCUCGGUAAUAAAACGUACGAGCAUUACAACAAGGUCGGCAUCUACGUGGACAAGCGGCUCGAGGAGCUCGGGGCAAACCGAGUGUUUGAGCUAGGACUCGGUGACGAUGAUGCGAACAUUGAGGACUACUUCAUCACGUGGAAGGAAAAGUUUUGGCCAACGGUAUGCGAUUACUUCGGGAUCGAAAGUACGGGCGAGGAUGUGCUAAUGCGCCAGUACCGUCUGCUGGAACAACCGGACGUAACCGCCGACCGUAUCUACACUGGCGAGGUGGCCCGGCUACAUUCGCUUCAAACGCAGCGUCCACCGUUCGAUGCAAAGAACCCGUUCCUGGCGCCGAUCAAGGUGAACCGGGAGCUGCACAAAGCUGGCGGCCGGUCCUGCAUGCACGUGGAGUUCGAUAUCGAGGGUUCGAAGAUGCGGUACGAGGCGGGUGACCAUUUGGCCAUGUAUCCGGUGAACGAUCGGGAUCUGGUGGAGCGGCUCGGCAAGCUGUGCAAUGCCGACCUGGAGACGGUCUUUUCGCUCAUCAACACCGACACGGACAGCAGCAAAAAGCAUCCCUUCCCCUGCCCAACCACGUACCGGACGGCACUAACGCACUACCUGGAAAUAACGGCCCUACCCCGCACGCACAUCCUGAAGGAGCUGGCCGAGUACUGUUCGGAGGAGAAGGACAAAGAGUUCCUAAGGUUUAUCUCGUCGACUGCACCGGAAGGCAAGGCGAAGUACCAGGAAUGGGUACAGGAUAGCUGCCGCAAUAUUGUGCAUGUGCUGGAGGACAUUCCGUCCUGCCAUCCGCCGAUCGAUCACGUGUGCGAACUGUUGCCACGCUUGCAGCCCCGCUACUAUUCCAUCUCCUCCUCGUCCAAGAUCCAUCCGACUACGGUGCACGUGACAGCGGUGCUGGUAAAGUACGAAACGAAAACGGGCCGCCUGAACAAGGGCGUUGCGACGACAUUCCUUGCGGAAAAGCAUCCGAACGAUGGGGAACCGUUACCACGUGUGCCAAUCUUCAUACGCAAGAGCCAGUUCCGUUUGCCACCGAAGCCGGAAACGCCCGUGAUAAUGGUUGGACCCGGUACCGGGUUGGCACCGUUCCGUGGCUUCAUACAGGAGCGGGACUUCUGCAAGCAGGAAGGCAAAGAAAUCGGACAGACAACGCUAUACUUUGGCUGCCGAAAGCGAUCCGAGGACUACAUAUAUGAGGAUGAGCUGGAAGAUUACUCCAAACGGGGCAUCAUAAAUCUGCGCGUUGCCUUUUCCCGCGACCAGGAAAAGAAGGUGUACGUGACGCAUCUGCUCGAGCAAGACUCGGACCUGAUAUGGAAUGUUAUCGGCGAAAACAAGGGACACUUUUAUAUUUGCGGUGAUGCGAAAAAUAUGGCCACCGAUGUGCGAAACAUUCUGCUGAAGGUCAUACGCUCAAAGGGUGGGUUAAGUGAAACCGAAGCCCAGCAGUACAUCAAAAAGAUGGAAGCGCAAAAGCGAUACUCAGCGGACGUGUGGAGCUAAUCCUG